CAUUCAUCUUUCAAUCAAAAUCAAAUGUAGACAUGCCCUAUAUCAUCUCCUGCAUGUGAUAAGCUUCUCCACACGCCGUGGUUCACCGAAUGCGGGGAAAACCGAGUGAUUUAACAAGCACUGAAAUCAACAAGAUACUUGCAUGAUCAACCUUCAACUUAUCGCCUAGUUAAUACUGUUUCCAGUGGAGCAGUCCCUAUCCCCAAUAUAAAUCCACCCCCACUGAAGACAGUCGGCUAUCUAUACCACGCGAUCCUACUGACAUUCCUUGGUCGGAUGCGGAUGACGUCGACCACUUCCAGCUUCCGCGAUCGAUCGAUCCAGACGAACAAAUAAAUACAUCGCAACUCCACACUCGGUCUCCAGAUCCUCAACAUUCUACAAUCCAAGCCAAAGCUGAAGAAUUAACCAACCAUGCCCUGGUCCGCCGCACUCCCUCAGGCGAUGUUCGCCCACCCCCUAGUCUCCAUCGUGACGCCCAUCGCGACAGGUUCUCUAGUCGGGUACCAGACCAACCGAAAAGGCCGCACCAAACAAACCUACCACUCGCUCAAAAAGCCCCCUCUCUACCCACCAACCUGGGCCUUCCCCGUCGUAUGGACCGUCCUCUACGGAAUGAUGGGCUUCGCCAUCCACCACGCAACAGUAUCAGGAACCAUAGCCGGCGCAUACCCCCCCUCAUUAUCAUCAUCAUCAAUAGUCCAAGACUGGACCGUCAAGUCCCAGACGCUAUACAUUUCCCAACUGGCGUUGAAUCAUCUCUGGAUGCCGCUGUUCUUCAUGUUCCGGAAGCCGGCGUGGGCGUUGGCAGAUCUGCUGCUUCUCAGUGGGAAUGUGGCGGCGUUGAUGCACAUCUGGUGGAAGCAUGACCGGGUGGCUUUUUGGUUGAUGACGCCGUAUGCGGCUUGGUUGGGGGUGGCGACGUAUUUGAAUGCUGGGGUGGGGAUUUUGAAUAAUUGGGUCAUUGGGGGUGAGAGGAGGAAGGAGGAGUGAUUUUGAUGGAUGAUUUACUAUAUGUGUGUAUAUGUAUGUUUAUGGAUGUUUUGAGGCGUGAAUCAAUUUUGGAUUGAUUGUGUAAGAUAGUAUAUAUGUUGGCGUAGGAAAUAGUACUAUGUCUUCUUAUUC